UAGAUGUUAUCAGUGCAGUGGACGACCACUACCUCUCUGCCAGCCAAAGUUGCAUGUCUUUUUUGUCUCGUAUCUCGAGCAUCACAGGACCUCUCAUUGCAGUCAGGCACAUGGCUAAAGUCAACAACUGUCGUCUGUUCAACUAUCAAGACGGAGUGAAGCGGUUUCCAGUGCCUGAGGACAAAGUUUCAUGGUCUGUGGACUGGCCUGAAUACCAGCCUGUGGAUCACACCCACCCUGCUGUGCUCAGGGGCCCUGUGUGGGCGGACCUGGAUUUCAGGAAAGUGACUCCUGACACCCCUCCAAAAUACAAUGAGCUUGACGGUAACGUGGACCGAAAAAGCUAUUCAGGGACAUAUGAAAUUGUGAAUGGACUUCCAAGAAAUCCCAUUGGACGGACAGGCAUGUGUGGGCGUGGUUUGCUGGGCAGGUGGGGUCCGAACCAUGCUGUUGAUCCGAUAGUUUCCCGCUGGAAGAGGGGAGAGGAUGGUGCCAAGACAAUGAUGGAAGGGAAACCAGUGCUCGAGUUUGUGGCCAUUAUGAGGAACGACACACGUGACUGGGCCAUCCCAGGUGGCAUGAUUGACCCUGGUGACACUGUCUCCCGCACACUGAGGAAGGAGUUUGGUGAGGAAGCCAUGAACAGUUUGGAGGCAACUGAAGAAGAGAAAAAGGAAAUCGAGGCUCAUGUUAACGAUCUAUUCAAAGCAGGAGAUGAGGUGUACUCAGGGUAUGUGGACGACAUCCGAAAUACCGACAACUCGUGGAUGGAGACGGUAGCUAUGAACUUCCAUGAUGAAACUGGUAGUACAUUCAACAAGAUUAAGCUGAAGGCUGGGGAUGAUGCUGGGGAUGUCUGCUGGAUGGAAGCCAGCAGCAAACUGAACCUUUAUGCUAGCCAUCUUGACUUCAUUGAAACUGUUGUCAAACAGAGAAAUGCUGCGUGGUAAAUCUAGUUCUAGUCUAGUCCGUCGCGUCGUACAGUUUAGUUUUUGUCAGUCUAGUCUAGCUCUAGCUCAUAUCCUUUUUUGUUCUGUUGUUUGUUUUGAACACUAGUAGAGAUUCAUGACACAUAA